AUGUCAAAACCUUUCUCCUCAGACUCUACCACGGGCUCUACAACUAUUUUUAGCUCCCCAGCCUCUGUUAGGAGCUCCAUAACCAUCUUCGGCUCCCCAACCCCUACUAUGGGCUUCAAAACUGUGUCAGGCUCCCCAGGCCCCACUGCAGUCUCCGAAGCUGCGUCGGCCUCCCCAGGCCCCACUGCGGUCUCCGAAGCUGCCACGGCCUCCCCAGGCCCCACUGCGGGCUCCGAAGCUGCGACAGCCUCCCCAGGCCCCACUGCGGGCUCCGAAGCUGCGACAGCCUCCCCAGGCCCCACUGCGGGCUCCGAAGCUGCGUCGGCCUCCCCAGGCCCCACUGCGGUCUCCGAAGCUGCCACGGCCUCCCCAGGCCCCACUGCGGGCUCCGAAGCUGCGACGGCCUCCCCAGGCCCCACUGCGGGCUCCGAAGCUGCGACGGCCUCCCCAGGCCCCACUGCGGUCUCCGAAGCUGCCGCGGUCUCCGAAGCUGCCACGGCCUCCCCAGGCCCCACUGCGGUCUCCGAAGCUGCCACGGCCUCCCCAGGCCCCACUGCGGGCUCCGAAGCUGCGACGGCCUCCCCAGGCCCCACUGCGGGCUCCGAAGCUGCGACGGCCUCCCCAGGCCCCACUGCGGGCUCCGAAGCUGCGACGGCCUCCCCAGGCCCCACUGCGGUCUCCGAAGCUGCCACGGCCUCCCCAGGCCCCACUGCGGUCUCCGAAGCUGCGACGGCCUCCCCAGGCCCCACUGCGGGCUCCGAAGCUGCGUCGGCCUCCCCAGGCCCCACUGCGGUCUCCGAAGCUGUCACGGCCUCCCCAGGCCGCACUGCGGGCUCCGAAGCUGCGACGGCCUCCCCAGGCCCCACUGCGGGCUCCGAAGCUGCGACGGCCUCCCCAGGCCCCACUGCGGUCUCCGAAGCUGCCACGGCCUCCCCAGGCCCCACUGCGGUCUCCGAAGCUGCCACGGCCUCCCCAGGCCCCACUGCGGGCUCCGAAGCUGCGACGGCCUCCCCAGGCCCCACUGCGGGCUCCGAAGCUGCGACGGCCUCCCCAGGCCCUAGUGCAGUUUCCGCAGCUGUAACUUCUGUAACAUCUACACUUGCCUCCACCACCUCUCUUCCUGACUCUACAACCACUGCAACCGCCUCUGUGGUCUCUACCAAGGACUCUCCAGCUAGAACAGGCUCUCCAACAACUGGGAGAGUUCCCAGUACAAGCAGUAGUACCUCACCAGGCAGACCUGCUGGGCCUCUGCAGCCCUGGGCUAUUGCUCUCAUCUCUAUUGCCGCAACUGUUGGAGCUGUGGGUGCUGGUGUUGGAUUCUUCUAUUGCUUUAGAAAUAUUCUGUACCCGAGAAAUCCCAUCCCCACAGCCGUUUAUCAUCCUCACAGCCCCACCAUUGGCCUGGGCCAUGGGGUAAAUGGAUGGAAUGAUGGACUUCGUCCCAGAUGGGGCCAUAAUUGGUUCUGGAGAAGACCAGCACCCACAUCGGCCAUGAUGAUGAGUGGGAGAUACAAUGGAUCCUGA